AUGAGCCAGCUGAGGCUGCUGCCAUUCAGGUUGGGGCCGCGGGCCACAAAGCUCCUGGCCACACGGGAUGUCCCAGUGUUCAGUGGGCGCAGGAGGUCUUCUGGGCCACCAGCUACCAUCCCAAGGAGCAGAAGCGGUGCCAGCUCCAGUUAUGUGGAGGAGAUGUACUUUGCCUGGCUGGAAAACCCAUGUAGCGUUCACAAGUCCUGGGACAGCUUCUUCCAGAGAGCCAGUAAGGAGGCCUCUAUGGGUCAGCCACAGCCCCCAGCUGUUAUCCCAGAGAGCAGGGCAUCAGUGUCAAGUUGCACCAAGACCAGCAAGCUGGUAGAAGACCACUUGGCAGUCCAGUCCCUUAUCCGUGCCUACCAGAUCCGAGGCCACCAUGUGGCCCAGUUGGACCCUCUGGGCAUCCUAGAUGCAGACCUGGAUUCCUUUGUGCCCUCAGACUUGAUCACAACCAUUGAUAAAUUGGCCUUCUAUGACCUGCAGGAGGCUGAUCUGGAUAAGGAGUUCCGGCUGCCCACCACUACUUUCAUCGGCGGCUCGGAGAACACACUCUCUCUUCGAGAGAUCAUACGUCGCCUGGAGAGCACCUACUGCCAGCAUAUCGGCCUGGAGUUCAUGUUUAUCAAUGAUGUGGAGCAGUGCCAGUGGAUCAGACAGAAAUUUGAAACUCCUGGUGUGAUGCAAUUUUCCAUCGAGGAGAAGCGAACCCUGCUGGCUAGGCUGGUGCGCUCCAUGAGGUUUGAAGACUUCCUGGCCAGGAAGUGGUCUUCGGAGAAGAGGUUUGGCCUGGAAGGCUGUGAGGUCAUGAUCCCUGCUCUCAAGACCAUUAUUGACAAGUCUAGUGAGAUGGGGAUUGAGAAUGUCAUCCUGGGGAUGCCACACAGGGGCAGGCUGAAUGUGCUGGCUAACGUGAUCCGAAAGGACCUGGAACAGAUCUUCUGUCAGUUUGAUCCCAAGCUGGAAGCAGCAGAUGAGGGCUCUGGUGAUGUCAAAUACCAUCUGGGCAUGUACCAUGAGAGGAUCAACCGUGUCACCAACAGGAACAUCACACUGUCACUGGUAGCCAACCCUUCCCAUCUAGAAGCUGUGGACCCUGUGGUACAGGGGAAAACGAAGGCAGAGCAGUUCUACCGUGGGGAUGCCCAGGGUAGGAAGGUCAUGUCCAUCCUGGUCCAUGGGGAUGCUGCCUUUGCUGGCCAGGGUGUCGUCUAUGAGACCUUCCAUCUGAGUGACCUGCCUUCCUAUACCACCAACGGCACAGUUCAUGUUGUGGUCAACAACCAGAUUGGCUUUACCACAGAUCCUCGAAUGGCUCGCUCCUCACCUUACCCCACUGAUGUGGCACGGGUGGUCAAUGCGCCCAUCUUCCAUGUGAACGCGGAUGACCCGGAGGCCGUGAUCUAUGUGUGCAGUGUGGCAGCUGAGUGGAGGAACACCUUCAACAAAGAUGUUGUUGUAGACCUGGUCUGCUACCGCCGGCGUGGUCACAAUGAGAUGGAUGAACCCAUGUUCACGCAGCCGCUCAUGUACAAGCAGAUCCACAAGCAGGUGCCCGUGCUGAAGAAGUACGCAGACAAGCUCAUUGCUGAGGGCACAGUCACUCUACAGGAGUUUGAGGAAGAAAUUGCCAAAUAUGACCGUAUCUGCGAGGAGGCAUAUGGCAGGUCCAAGGAUAAAAAGAUCCUGCAUAUAAAACACUGGCUGGAUUCCCCCUGGCCUGGCUUCUUCAAUGUGGAUGGGGAGCCCAAGAGCAUGACAUGCCCUACAACCGGCAUCCCUGAGGACAUGUUGACCCACAUUGGCAAUGUGGCCAGCUCUGUGCCCCUGGAGGACUUUAAGAUCCACACAGGCCUCUCUCGAAUCCUGCGUGGCCGUGCAGACAUGACCAAGAAGCGCACAGUGGACUGGGCAUUGGCAGAGUACAUGGCCUUUGGUUCACUGCUGAAAGAGGGCAUCCAUGUGCGGCUCAGUGGCCAAGAUGUGGAGAGGGGCACAUUCAGCCAUCGGCACCAUGUUCUUCAUGACCAGGAAGUUGACCGGAGAACGUGUGUCCCAAUGAAUCACCUGUGGCCUGACCAAGCCCCCUACACUGUGUGCAAUAGCUCCCUCUCAGAGUAUGGAGUUCUAGGCUUUGAGCUGGGCUACGCCAUGGCUAGCCCCAACGCCCUGGUCCUCUGGGAAGCUCAGUUUGGUGAUUUCCACAACACAGCCCAGUGUAUCAUCGACCAGUUCAUCAGCACUGGCCAGGCCAAGUGGGUGCGGCACAAUGGCAUCGUGCUCCUGCUGCCCCAUGGCAUGGAAGGCAUGGGUCCAGAGCACUCCUCAGCAAGGCCAGAGAGGUUCCUGCAGAUGAGCAAUGACGACUCAGACGCCUACCCAGUGUUCACUGAGGACUUCGAGGUGAGCCAGCUCUACGACUGCAACUGGAUUGUGGUGAACUGCUCUACACCAGCCAGCUACUUCCAUGUGCUGCGCCGACAGAUCCUGCUGCCCUUCCGCAAGCCUCUCAUUGUCUUCACACCCAAGUCUCUGCUGAGGCACCCUGAUGCCAAGUCCAGCUUUGACCAGAUGGUGUCCGGAACUAGCUUCCAGCGGCUGAUUCCAGAAGAUGGCCCUGCAGCAUAUUCUCCUGAGCAGGUACAGCGGCUCAUCUUCUGCACGGGAAAGGUGUACUAUGACCUGGUAAAGGAGCGCAGCAGCCAGGGCCUGGAGAAGCAAGUGGCCAUCACACGCCUAGAGCAGAUCUCUCCAUUCCCUUUUGACCUGAUCAUGCGGGAGGCAGAGAAGUACUCGGGAGCUGAGCUGGUGUGGUGUCAGGAAGAACAUAAGAACAUGGGUUAUUACGACUACAUCAGUCCACGCUUCAUGACUCUCCUGGGCCACUCCCGGCCCAUAUGGUAUGUUGGCCGGGACCCAGCAGCCGCACCAGCCACUGGAAAUAAGAACGCCCACUUGGUGUCACUGAGGAAGUUUCUGGAUACUGCCUUCAACCUGAAGGCCUUCGAGGGCAAGACGUUUUAG